CAUUUACUUAGAAAGAAAUCAUGUGGGUCUCACCCUGUGUGAGAAAGCUGUAGAAACGAAAGCAGCUUGUUAGAGUUAUCGCUUGAACAUUGAAUCAGUGUAAGAAUAAGAAUUUAAUUGUACCAAGUACAUAUGGCAAUAUAAAGAUCUUGAAUCGUGGAGUUGCGAAUAUUAUAUUAUUUUUUUCUACGUCAUCAUCAGAAGAACAGGGGAACUGUAAAUACAAGUGACAAACUGUUCCAAGUGGAGAAUUAUGCGGGGCUAAAGAAAAAAUCUUCCUGGCUACAGCCCGAAAUGCACAGAUGUUUGAAAGGGUCACACGUAACCUCCUUCACCAGACUGACCAUGAUGGAACACUGAUUGCUGUUUCCCGACUAAAUGAUUCAGAAAAACUGAAGCUACUUGCAGUGGUGAUCAAGUGUCCAGGAAAAUGGCCCUGGCAAAGUACCAAAUACAAACCCACAGACUUCACUCUCAAUGACCUGCUCCAGGGAAAGCCUAUUCAACCAGUGCUGGAGGAGAAGGUGUUUCUAAAUAAAUAUAAAGCGACACAGAAUGGCAAUAUUGCUGGAUCUGGGGAGGUGGAUAUGGGUGGAGUCAGCAUGAAAGCUGAGGGACGUGGAACAUCCAAUAUUUUAUCGUCUCUCGGGACACUUCUCAAGGAAAGCGUGAUUAUGUCACACUUUCUAAAAGACUCCAAAGACAGGAAAGUGGACCUUCAGCACAAUCUUAUCAGGCAGAUACAGCGCAAAAAUCAGGUCUUCACUCUAGUGAAACAGCGGAUCUUCACUUCUUGUGACUGUACCAUUAACUUCAGUGAACUGAAAGAAGGCAGCUGCAGUGCCUUAGUUAAACUAUUCUGUCCUGCCAAGGUCCAUCUGAAAGAGGGCGUUAGUCUAAAAAACACCACAGAUGUUGCUAUUGAGAUCCCCCCACACACUGUGGUGGCCUACAGUGUCAGCGAACUAACCAUUGACAGUGAUGGUCACUAUGAAGUUGGUGUAAGCCCUGAUGGGAUUGAGGCAGAUGACAGCAUUACUCAGAAGUUCAUUCACAACUGGACAGAACUGGACGGCUUAUGGGCACAGACACAAAUAAGUGAGGGAUCUUCACUGAGUGCCCUUAAUAAUGAAAGUGAAAAGGAGAUAUUGUAUGAAUUGACUCGUCUGCCAUCUGAAACUCGAUUCUCUUUGCUAAAUCUCUUUCAAGAGAUUCUGCCAGACCAGACACUUCUUUCCACUUUAGAGGAUAAGCUGGAGAAAAUAUGUGAUGAAUCUGUGUAUGAUUCUCACACUUAUUUGCCUGAAACAUCAAAUGAGCUCACUGACAAAUUUUUGGAUUUGCUACAGUCUGAGACAGACAAUAUGGACAGUCUACCCACAGCCCUCCGGCCAAAUGGAUCUUUGCCUGCAAUUUCCAAACAAAAUGGCAGUCAGAGUGAAGGUAAAGCAUCUAACACCAGCCAUAAUGGAUCCAGUCAGAGGCAAUUAAUCUUGACAGCUAUGUACAUUCUGAUUAGUGCUGCUGAAGAACUGACGGAUGAUGGCCUCGCCUUUCUGAAAACCUGCUCUUCAGAAACAAUUAAUGUGUUAAGUUAUUUAUUAACUCAACUGACAGGUGUUUCCCAGCGAGUCCCCUUCAGUGAACUUCCCUUUCCCCUGAGGGAUGGUGAGGUGCCCCAGGAGAUGAAGCUGCUGUUUACUUCAUCCAAUAUUAUACUGAAGAGAGACAACAAAGAGCUGUAUGCAGAGAUAGGAAAGGGUAGUAAAGUACUUCCCCGAGUACUGUGUAUUGUCAUUCAUGGCCUUGCAUGCUUGAAUGAGUCAUGUGAAACAGAUUGAGAAAUCUGAUGUGCAUUAAGGAUGAAAUACAGAAUAAAGCUUUUUCCACUAGAAAUUCA